AUGCAACCACCAUGGCAUCUCCUGUUCUUCCUCAUCGCCGCCGUCCAGGCCAUCGACUACGACCUCGACAACCCAGAAUCCAUCAAAAGCGCCUGCCAAUCCGUCGCCCAACAAAUGCUCACCCACUACACCGGCAACCUCCCAGGCGACAACCCCGGUAACCUGCCGGAUCCAUACUACUGGUGGGAAGCAGGCGCGAUGUUCAACGCACUAAUCGAAUACUGGUUCCUAACCGGCGACACCAGCUACAACAACCUCACCAUGCAAGGGCUAACCUGGCAAGCCGGGUCCUCGGGGACAUUCAUGCCGGCCAACCAAACGCGCACCGAAGGCAACGACGACCAAGGCUUCUGGGCAUUCGCCGCCAUGUCCGCCGCGGAGCGCAACUUCCCGGACCCUCCCUCCUCCUCCUCCGACAACUCACCCACACCCGGCUGGCUCGCCAUGGCGCAAGCGGUCUUCAACACGCAGGCCGCCCGCUGGGACGAUUCGACCUGCUCCGGCGGCCUGCGCUGGCAGAUCUUCACCUGGAACAACGGCUAUAACUACAAGAAUACCAUCUCGAACGGAUGCUUCUUUAAUCUCGCCGCCCGGUUGGCGAAAUAUACCGGUAAUCAGACGUAUGCGGAUUGGGCCACGAAGGUGUGGGAUUGGACCCGCGAGGUGGGGUUCAUGACGGAUGAGUAUCGGUUUUGGGAUGGCGCGGAUGAUCGGAAUGGCUGUGCGGAGUAUAAUCAUAUCGAGUGGACGUACAAUUCCGGGGUUUAUUUGUUGGGGGCGGCGGCGAUGUUUAAUUUUACCGAGUCACCGACAUGGAAGGCCCACACGCAGGGCAUCAUCAACGCGUCAUCGGUCUUCUUCGAAGACGACGUGAUGUACGAGCGCGCAUGCGAGCCGAUCAACACGUGCGAGGUCGACCAGCGGUCCUUCAAGGGGUACCUGGCGCGGUGGAUGGCGGCGACGACGCAGAUGGCGCCGUUCACGUUCGACACGAUCAUGCCGAAGCUGCGGGCGUCGGCGCAGGCGGCGGCGGCGACGUGCACGGGGGGCGCGAGGCAGUCGACGUGCGGGCUGGAGUGGACGAGUCGGAAGUGGGACGGGAUGGACGACGUGGGGAUUCAGAUGGCCGCCCUGGAGGUGCUGCAGUCGACGCUGAUCUCGCGGGUUGACCCCCCCGUCACGCAGGAUACCGGCGGCACCAGCCGGGGGAACCCCGGGGGAGGGGAUGCGUCGCCGCCGCCGCCCAAGGUGCCCGAGGGGUUGCGCAUUCGGAUCGAUACGGCCGAUCGAGCAGGGGCUGGGAUCCUGACGGCCGUGAUGUCGUUCGUGGUGAUUGGGUCCACGGGCUGGAUGGUCUACGAGUAG